CAUGAGUCAAAAACUCACAAGAGUGAGUGAGAGACAAUGGCUGAGAGAUCAGAAGAUUCAGAGGAAGUGAAGCUUUUGGGUAUGUGGGCGAGUCCUUUUAGUCGUAGGAUUGAGAUAGCUCUUACGCUUAAAGGUGUACCGUACGAGUUCUCUGAGCAAGAUAUCACCAACAAGAGCGAUCUGCUUCUUCGGUUGAACCCGGUUUAUAAAAUGAUUCCGGUUCUUGUUCAUAAUGGUAAACCGAUCUCUGAGUCGCUUGUGAUUCUUGAGUAUAUUGAUGAUACGUGGCGGAACAAUCCGAUUCUUCCUCAAGAUCCGUCUGAGAGAGCUAUGGCUCGCUUCUGGGCUAAAUUGAUCGAUCAACAGAUUUGUGUGGCGGCUAUGAAAGUGGCGGGGACGAUCGGAGAAGAGAGAGACGCGGCGGUUGAAGAGACGAGAAAUUUGUUGAUGUUUUUGGAGAAAGAGCUUGUUGGGAAAGAUUUUUUCGGUGGGCAAAGUUUAGGGUUGGUGGAUAUUGUGGCGACUUUGGUGGCGUUUUGGCUUAUAAGGACGGAGGAUCUCCUCGGGGUUAAGGUUGUUCCGGUGGAGAAGUUCCCGGAGAUUCAUAGAUGGGUUAAGAACUUGUCGGGGAAUGAUGUUAUCAAGAAAUGUAUCCCUCCUGAAGAUGAGCAUCUUGAGUACAUCAGAGCUCGCAUGGACAAGCUUAAUAUCAAAUCAGCUUGAUAAGGAUUAUAGAGACUUCUCAUAAUAAUCAAAGUAUGUAUCUUUGUUCUUGUCUCAAUUGCUAAGUUUUUUAAGAUUAUUAAGCUGAAAGUUCUUAAAUUUCAGAUUAAGUAGUUGGGAAGGGUGAGGUUGUUGUUGUAUUAUUGUGCGAAUAUAUGUGAAUCAGGGAUGUCAUUGUCAGUUCUUGUGUUGUGUGAGACUUUUCUUGGAAAUUUUGAAGUGUGAGGUUGUUGAUGUAUAUUAUUAGAAUGUGUUGAGACUUGAGAUGUGAAUAAAUAAGGCAAGUUCGUGGCUUCAUGUC